CCCUUCUCCCCAUCACGCUACACGACAGGCUCCCCCCUGACCCUCGAAGGCUGCACAACGUUGCGGCACUCACCGAACCUACCACACCACAUAACCAACGCAUACCGAAAACAUCCCUGUGCGGGGGGGUUUGGCAUCCAUGGGCGGUGGGUUGCUCACCCGACACGUAUGGGGCCCUUCUCGGCGUAGCCCGUCAUAACCACUGCACACACGCACACACACCACGCACGCACAAGCGAUGCACAGACCAACAGACUGGCCAUGGGGCGUGUGUAGUAUUCUGAGCAUGUCUGACCUUCAUCGCCAUCCUCGAGAAACUUCCUCUCUUGACCUGGACACCACGCCACGCCCACAAUCCACACCAGCUACACCAACUCAGUGUAGUGUAUGUGCCUGUGAAUCAGGGCGGACCAUUGGAGAAUCUGAGGGGCUCGCUGCCCGCCCACGUGAGUUCAAGCAGCGAGCCGAAAGAGGACUUCUCCUUCACAUUCGUCAGACAGCCAGCCAGCCUCUAAUGCACUCAUAGUGGUGCGGUGCAGCGGGCGUACCUUUCCUGAGAUGGUGCCGGUGCCCAGCAGGUCUCCGGCCCUCAUGAGGCACCCAUUGCUUGCGUGGUGCGUCAGCUGCUGGAAGAUCGUCCAAUACAUAUACCUACGCGACGCGCACGACACGACCAGGGAGAGAUAAAGAAGGAGGGAGAUGGAUUUCCAUAAACGACACUGACUGACCUGAGAUUUGUUCUGCAUAUUGUUUCGGGUGAGUGGUCGGCUUCCAGCUUCACUGCCACCUGAUAAUUGAUACAUAAGCUCUCUGUCCUUCCUCUCCCUCCACGUAUACACAUCGCUGUUUGGUUGGCUAUGUGGCUGCCUGCCUGCCUACCUCUAGUUUGAUGUCGUAUGAGGGGAAGUCGACGCCUCUGUGUCUGAGGUGUGGGAGGGGCUCGGGGUCCUGCUCGGGCGCUGUACACCGAAAGGGCUCCAACGCGUCAAGGGUCACAACCCACGGAGAUAUCGCAGUAGCUGUCACAUACACGGCAAACCCCACGACAACACAGCACAUACAUCCCCACACAUGUGAAUGCAUGUCUGUGUUCGUCGGAGUGUGAGGGUGUGCCUCUCUCUCUCUCUGUUUGUCUGCCUGUUUGACUGACUGACCGAAGCUCUUGCCGAGGAAUGGUCCGAGUGGUUGGUAUUCCCACUUUUGUAUGUCCCUUGCCGUCCAGUCGUUCAUGAGCACCAGGCCAAAGAUCUUGUCCCUCGCCUGAUCCAAUGGCACAGGGUCGCCGGCAACGAACUCACCACCAACAAAGGACGCCUGCACACACACACGCGGCACACGAGGGACAGAGGGAUAUACAUAUGUGGUGACAGACAAGCAGACACCGGGAAGGCGACAUUCAUCAUCGAUGUACCUACCAUUUCUAGUUCGAAGUCGAGGACCUUUGAUGGGCCGAACACGGGCUUGUCGGCGUCCUUGGGCAGCAUCUGACCGCACGGGCGUAUCACAGGCUGACCUACGCGAAGGGAUACAAAACGAGAACUCGCGCGUAUGACAACUGCUUGAUUCGUCCGCACGAAUAUCCGCGUGUGCGACUGGACCUACCUGAUGGAAUGAUGGUGCUGGCUCGGCCGUGGUAGCCAACAGGGAGAUGCACCCUGCGUGCCGAAACAGAUGCACACACAUACAUUGGUCGUCGCCCCCUCCGUCCCUCCGUCUCUUCCUUGUUGUACCGACCAGUUCGGCAGGAGUGGGUUUUCUUUGGACCUCCAUAUGCUGCCGACAUUGGUGGCGUGCUCCUUGCUGGCAUAGAAGUCGGUGUAGUCGCCGAUGACGGCUGGCAGGUGCAUCGUGACGUCCUUCUGCUCCACGAUGGCCUCCUUGACCACAUCCGGCCGGUGGCUCAAAGAGCUGGGGUGACUGUCAGACAGAUACUGCUGCAGACGCUCACGCACCUCAGACCUACAUACACCCACCACACGCAUCACCGGCACAUGUAUGUAUGUAUAUCCGUUUGAGGGUUGCAGAGGGGUGAGUGGGUGUAGUGACUGACCAUGCCUGGCGGCCCGCCAUCAUGAAGGGAUUCAGAUAAAACUGCAAAGUCAAGUGGCACACAGAGAACGCAAACGCAUGAAACCGCAGAGGAUGACCCAUGUUUGACUCAUGCACGACUGCGUACGUCGGCGAAGUACGGUGGCACUAGGUUCUUCUCUGCCAUGACGCGCAUGUCGAGGAUCUUGUCGCCGAUGGCCACACCGAUGGUUGGACGAGGCAUGCUGCUGCCCGUACGGCUGAACACACCGAAAGGCAGGUUAUGCAGAGUGAAGUCCGUCCUCGGAAGAGGAUUGGGAAACAGAAACUUCGGCAACGACGGAAGCGGAGCCAUGAUCUGCUGAUGAAUCCUUAAACGAAAUGCUUGAAGGAUGAUGCACUCGCG